AAAUGAUAAAUAUAAAUGAAAAUUUUAAUUUUGUUAUUAGUUAAGAAAUAUAAACAAAAAAGGUUGAUGUUUCAUUUACUGUUUAAAAAUAAUAAUUACAUUUUAAAUAGUUCUUAUAAAUUUUUAGUGAUAUUCCCUAAAAAAAAGUAUUUAGUCAUAUGAAUCAAUAAUAUUGUGUAAUACUAUAUAUAUCUUGUAUAGGUUUUACAAUGAGUUAUGGAUGUAUAAAAGGUUUGCAAGACGAGGAGUUCUAAAUGAAGAAGUUAAGGAAGGAGUUACCGAAUUUAUCCAAACUGCGGUAAACUUAUAUCAAAGUGGUGUUAUUGCAUGUCCUUGUAGAAAGUGUAAGAACAAAAAGUGGAUGACAUGGGAUAUUGUUAGGGAGCAUUUAUUUGAAAAAGGUUUUGUGGAAGAUUAUUAUGUAUGGGAGGCACAUGAGGAGCCACAUAAUUCAAAUGGAUUAGUUUAUUUGGAUGAAAGUAGCUCAGCUCAUGGCAAUACAUCUGAAAGGCAAUAUGAUCCGUACAAAUCAAUGUUUGAAGAUGCAAUAAGGAAUGAACUCCCAACGGGAUUUGAUCACGGUGAGGGUGCAGAUGAACCUUGUCCUAUCACAACACAAAUGUACGAAAUGUUGGAUACAAUGAGUCAACCGUGUUUCGAUGGCUGUCCGGUGACGCAGUUGAGUGCAAUGACAGAAAUGCUGAAUUUAAAGACUGAGAUGCAUUUAUCAGAGGCUGCAACGGAUAGAAUUUCUCAAUUCGUAAAUAGGUUUUUCCCAUCAAGCAUCCCAAACAAACCAAUUCCAAAUUUCAACAAAAUCAAAAGAAAACUAUCUGUGUUAGGAAUGAGCCAUCAAUCCAUCGACGGUUGCCCGAACGGGUGCAUGAUAUAUUGGAGAGCAGAUAGUGAGUUACUAGAGUGUAAAUUUUGCUCAACUGCAAGGUAUGACAUUAGCAACCAGUCAAAUAAAUGUAUUCCACUUGCAAAAAUGGAGUACUUUCCUCUUACUCCUAGGCUACAACGACUCUAUGCUUUAGCUACUACAGCAGAUGAUAUGAGGUGGCAUAAAUUUCACCACAGUGAGGAAGGAGUAAUGUCCCACCCGUCGGAUGCAAAAGCGUGGAUUCAUGUUAAUAAUGUUAAUCCAGAGUUUGAUGUAGAUCCGAGAAAUGUGAGACUUGGUCUAUGCAUAGAUGGGUUCCAACCUUUUGGUCAAUUUGGACAACAAUAUUCAUGUUGGCCUGUGAUUGUGACACCAUAUAAUUUGCCUCCAGUUCCAGGACCAAGGAAUCCAGCGAAAGGGAUCGAUGUGUACCUGCAACCACUGGUAGAGGAGCUUAAGGAAUUGUGGGAGGUUGGUGUCACAACAUAUGACGUAGUUUCAAAGCAUAACUUUAAUAUGAGAGCGAUUUUGCUAUGGACGAUUAGUGAUCUUCCAGCAUAUGCCAUGUUAUCAGGAUGGACCACAAAGGGAAAAUUUGCAUUUCCAUAUUGUACUGAGUUUACCGAAGCAUUCUGGCUACCCCACAGUAAGAAGCAUAGUUGGUGUGAUAACCAUAUGAAGUUUCUACCAGGUGACCAUCCAUUUCGGUUUGAUGAAAAUAACUUUACUAAAGGUGGUGUAGAGCAUAAUGCAGUUGCUGGAAAAGAUAUUAGAUGGAAGAAGCGUAGCAUCUUUUGGGAUCUCCCAUACUGGAAGGAUUUGCUCAUACGACACAACCUUGAUGUCAUGCACAUAGAGAAGAAUUUCUUUGAAAAUAUCUUUUAUACAAUUUUGGGAGUACCAGGAAAAUCGAAGGAUCAUACGCAAGGGACAAUAGAUAUGGAACAAAUUUGUCAUAGGCCAAGCAUGGAGAGAGAAUCUCGGGGGAAAUACCCUAAAGCUCGUUUCACCCUUUCAAAUGAACAAAAAGGUGUCUUGAUCAACUGGAUUGAUUCAUUAAAGUUCCCAGAUGGUUUUGCUUCUCGAUUAGGGCGUUGUGUGCAAAUGGACAAACUUAAGGUAUUUGGUAUGAAGAGCCAUGAUUGUCAUGUCUUCAUGCAACGCCUACUUCCAGUUGCUUUCAGAGAGAUGCUACCUGAUUGGAUUUGGGAGGCCAUUACGGAGAUUAGCUUAUUCUUUCGUGAGCUAACAAGAAAGACUAUAUUGGUCCGUGACAUUGAGAAGUUAAAGGAAGAUAUCCCCGUGAUCAUGUGCAAGUUGGAGAAGAUUUUUCCACCCUCAUUCUUUGAUCCUAUAGAACAUCUUGUUGUGCACUUACCAGAUGAAGCUUGCUCGGGGGGCCUCCACAAUAUCGAUGGAUGUAUCGUUUUGAAAUGUAGAUGUUAAAACAUAUUAUAUAGUCAUAUGUUUUUUUACUUGAUAUCUUAUUUCUUACCAUUUUUGUAGUUUUUCGGGAUCAGUGCUAAAGACAAAAGUUGGAAAUAAAGCUAGGGUUGAAGCAUCUAUUAGGGAAGGUUAUUUGCAAAGUGAAAUGGGAACAUUUGCAAGCUAUUACUUUCCGGAGGAUGUAACCACAAAAGCACAUCGUAUCCCCAGGUUUGAAGAUGGUUGCAUGAUUAACACUGAUUUUAGUGUUUCAUUUUUUGCACAGAAGGCAAAAACAAUUGGUGCAAGCACGAGGCGGUAUAUGGAUCAAAAUGAAUCCAAUGCUGUCCACUCAUAUGUAUUCUAAAACUGUCCGGAGAUUGAAUCAUUCAGAGAGUGCAAAAUGACAUGACCAAUAAUCCCCGGUGGGUUCGUGCUUUAUCUGGGUUUCCUUCUACCUAUGUGACAACCUACCAGGCACUUAAUAUAAAUGGUUAUAAAUUCAACACUAUUACAAGAUCUCAUGUUAGAACAACCUCCAACUGCGGGGUUAUGGUCAAGUGCACAAGUUAUGAUGGAUCAACACUCGAAUACUAUGGCUCAAUACAAGAAAUAAUUCAGCUGGAAUAUCAGGAUUACAAAAUAAUUGUCUUCAAAUGUGAAUGGUUCGAACCUUCAGAUAGAGGUGUAUGGGUCCAUCCACGAUACAAGAUCGUGGAUGUGAACAGUCAAUUUCGACUUCGUACGUUAUUCAAUGCAUGUCGCGGGCUUUUGUGGAGAAAUAAGAGGGAGGGGAUCAGUUGAUGUGUAUUGUUUUGACUUUUUGCUGUGUGACUUGUUUUGACAAAGAAGAGAAUCAACAGGUGGCAUUAUUAAUACCUUGUAAAAGAAUGGACUUUUUGCUGCGAGAAUAUGAGAGCUGAUGUGUAUUGUUUUGACUGUUCUAACCCUUGAAUCCAUGAAUUUAUUAAUUUUUGUUAUCUAUUAUACUUGAUGAUUUACUUGAUUCUUGGUGCUUUAAAGGGUGCUACUUCUAUAAAUAAAGAAGUUCUAACAUGAUUCCGACAAAAGGAUUUGGGGCCGCCAUGCUAAAUAGGACAGGAGCUAACAAAACCCAAGAAAAAAUCGGCAGCACAAGUAUCUCAAAACAACCAGCAAGUCACAGUCACUCAAGGUCAUCUACCCCGUUUGCAGUGAACAGAAAAAGUACAUCCUGGCCAGUCGGGCAAAAUAGGCAAAUUCUCCAACCGCCUCCGUCCCAAUAUAGCCAGUCUCAUGGUCUGAGAGAUACGAAGUCAGCCACAAAUAACCAACAACAUGUAAUUCCAACACUCCAAAACCUCGAACCAUUAUCCAAUGAGAAUAAUUCAUCAACACCUGAAAUUGGUGAGGAUCCACUAGAAGACAAUGCUGCCACACACAUUUCAAAUGAAGAUACCGAACAGUAUCCCAAAGAAUGGAAGCCGGAAGUAUACGCUCAUCUUAAUUGGGGGGAAUCACCUCUGGACCCUUUCAGACCUGUAUCAGUUGCACAAUUUGAAAAGCCCAAUGUUGGUGUAAAUGCAACCGGGAAGUGAGUUUCAGUGUUCACCAUCACUGUUUUUAUACUUUUUUAACUUCAAUCUAACUAACUCACUUAAUUAAAAUGCAGCCUAACAAACAUAGUUAUCAACCAAAGAAGUUUGAGAUUCCAUAUAAUUGUGGGUAAACAGAUUAGAAGAUGCC